GGCACGCGCUCCGCCUUGCAGCGGCUCGCUCCGGCCGUGGGUCGUCGCUGCAGCUGCCGCCCCUCGCCCAGCACACUCGGCCGGCAGAGAGGACCGGAAGAGGGCAGGGAUGCAUGGGCAUGGAGGCUAUGACUCUGAUUUUAGUGAUGAUGAACAUGGUGGCCAGUCAAGCAAAAAGAAGAAAAGGACAGUGGAAGAUGAUUUCCUGCUCACAAAACCAUUUCAAAAGGAAAAACAUGGAAAGGUGGCCCAUAAGCAAGUGGCAGCAGAAUUGCUGGAUAGGGAAGAAGCAAGAAAUAGAAGGUUUCAUCUCAUAGCUAUGGAUGCUUAUCAAAGACAUACGAAGUUUGUAAAUGACUAUAUUUUAUAUUAUGGGGGCAAAAGAGAAGACUUCAAGCGACUGGGAGAAAAUGAUAAGACAGACUUGGAUGUUAUUCGAGAAAAUCAUAGAUUCCUAUGGAAUGAUGAGGAUGAAACAGACAUGACUUGGGAGAAGAGACUUGCAAAGAAAUACUAUGAUAAAUUAUUCAAGGAAUAUUGCAUAGCAGAUCUCAGUAGAUACAAAGAAAAUAAGUUUGGAUUUAGGUGGCGAAUAGAAAAAGAAGUAAUUUCAGGAAAAGGUCAGUUUUUUUGUGGAAAUAAAUACUGUGAUGAAAAAGAAGGCUUGAAGAGUUGGGAAGUUAAUUUUGGUUAUAUUGAGCAUGGUGAAAAGAGAAAUGCACUUGUUAAAUUAAGGUUAUGCCAGGAAUGUUCCUUUAAGUUAAAUUUUCAUCACAGGAGAAAGGAAAUCAAAGCAAAGAAAAGAAAGGCUAAAAUCAAAACAGAUGGUGAAGAGUCAUCACAUAAAAAGUCCAGAAUAUCAUCUGCAGAAGAAGCCACCACAAGAAAGGAUGAUGGGCAUUCAUCCUCAAAGAAAUCAGAAGGUUCUUUACAUAGAGACAGUGAUGAGGAAGGAAAUGCAUCAGAAUCUGAGCUUUGGAAGGGUGCACUACCAGAGACUGAUGAAAAAUCACAGGAAGAAGAAUUUGAUGAGUAUUUUCAGGAUUUGUUUCUGUGAGAUGGGCGAGAGAACUCUUGCGUUCUGUAAUGGGAAAGUGCUCUUUGAACCUCCGUGGCAGUUUUCUCUGCAGGGGCUCUGAGCAGUUUGUCUGGGAAUCCGAGGACGGCGCACACUUCAGCAGUGCGUUGGUUGUUUCAGACGCUUUUCCUGGCUGUUGUUUGUCUUUACAGUUGCUUAUCUGUGAGUCUGUUUUUUUCUAUAAUAUACUGUUUUAAAUGGCAUCUAAAUGUGAAUGAUUGUCAUUGAACUAAAAAUAAAUAGUGUCUUGUUUUAAAA